AGAGAGAGAGCAGCUAUUUUGAAAGUGACCCCUCAUUCAGGCAGCGACUCUGCAGCUGUCAGGAACCAUGACUGAAGAUGACGGAUUCUGUUGUCGUGGAGGGAUAUGCCAGACUCAGAGAUGGAAAAAAGUGGAAAACUAGGUGGCUCGUACUUCGCAAGCCGUCGCCUGUAGCAGACUGCCUCGUGCUGCUGGUAUUUAAAGACAAGUCCGACAAAGCGCAGGGCAACAAGGAGAGAGCCAGUGUCACCUUGGAGGAGAUCUGUGGUCUGGAAGCAGGACAGUGGUAUGAAGGCGUGGCUUUCACUCUGGCCAUCCUCUGCCUGAACCAGGUCGCUCUACUGGGCUUCGACAGCAAGGAGGCCCUGCAGGCGUGGGAAGCCCGCCUGCGGUACAGCCUGGGAGAAGUUCACAGAUUUAGCGUUGGAGUCUUACCAGGGACCAAGUUGGAGAGCGGACCUGCAACUCUUCAUUUGUGCAACAACUUGCUGGCUCUCGCCCGGGACGUCCCUCCUGUUAUUAUUGGCCACUGGAACCUUCCAGACCUGCGCAGAUAUGGGCCUGUACCUAAUGGAUUUGUGUUCGAGGGAGGAACAAGAUGUGGUUACUGGGCCGGUGUUUUUCUGCUCGCAUCUGCCGAGAGCGAGCAGAUCAGCUUUCUAUUCGACUGCAUCGUCAGAGGCAUCUCCCCCACCAGAGGCCCUUUUGGACUGCGGCCAGUUUUGCCAGACCCCAGUGCCAGUCAGACGAAUUCGGAGGAGAGGUUGAACCACGAGGCCCAGGAGCUGGAGAAACGACUGAGCAUGCUCUCUCACAGGAGCAGCACAGUCUCAUCCUCAUACUGCCCGUCCGCCGGGGGAGACGACCGCAGCAUAUCCGGGUCUUCCGACACGUCGGACACCAGCCAGUCGGACUGCAGCAUGGGCAGCCGGCUGGCCAUUUGGACCGAACCGGCUUCCGGCGCGUCCGAAAACAUCGGCCACGUUGGCGCUAAAGCAACGUUACAGAGCAGCAUCGAGAAGGUUUCCGUCAACCAGGGAGGCGGGAACCGGCCUGUUGCCAAUCCACCGCGGCAGCUUCAGGAGAUCGGCCGACAGAGCUCGUCUGACAGCGGCAUCGCCACCGGCAGCCAUUCCUCUUACUCUGGAAGUUUCUCCUCCUACACGGGCAGCCUGGAUAUCACCCCCGGGGAGGACUUUGGGUCUGUUUUCAGCUUGCCUCCCCACUUGGCUCAAGACCUGAGCCCUUGUACUUGCCUCACUGUCACAGGACAUGAAUACCAGACACCAACAUCAGUUAGGUAUCUCUAUGACACUCCCAGGAGUCUGUUACAGGAGGCAGGAGGAGGCGUCAAAGACAAUGAAGCCUCCACCUCAAGUAAGGACACUCCUGCCUCUUUAGGCCUCACGACAGACUCGGCAAAGGGGGAUAAAAGCAGCGCUGUGACCUGCGAGGGUCACUCGGAAACUACUGAAAGACAGUCAGUGAGUGAACACUUCCAAAGCCCCUCAGAGGAAAGUAAGAAAACCAAGGUGGCACCCUCUAGUGAACACCCGGACUCCUGUCUAACCUGCAGCUCCAAAACAAUCGUGACCAUUUGCUCAGUGUGUGGUGGAUUUAAGGGGACGUCGCACAUCCCUGCAAGUGCUUCAGUGAUACCUGCCAUGCCAGAACGUCACAUUUUCAAUCCAGCAGAUCAAAGUGUUGACAAAUCACCGUGCAGACCGAACACUGCCACCGAUUACGAUAUCGCAGCGAAGAAAAUUCUGGAGAAAGCAUGUGUCUCUCCUGGCUCUGGAAGCGUCCACAGCUCGGAGAAGCCGAGGAGGAGCGAGGAUUCAACGCUGCCAAAAAAAGGAAGAGAGAAACUAGCCAGUCUCCUGGCUGAUCUGUUAGGCUUUCCAAACGGAGAUCGGCAGCCAGAGCCUAAGACUAACACACUGAACUUGUAUGAGUCAAUGAGCCCUAGAUUUGGAAAUGAGCUCAAAUCAAAUGGCACCUGUGUAUCAUCACAAGAUUCACUGCAAGACAAAAGAGCUGCCAUUUAUGAAAACUGCUUCAGGUGUCAAGGAGAGCACUGCCACCCUCCUCCGCGGGUUGCACCUGCUGUAAUGUACCGUAACAGGAACGUUUCCACGUUGCAAAUGUUUCCAACUGGGCUGCGCCCGAGGAAAAGCCAAGAACAUGAAGUUGCUGCUAAUGAGGAGCCGCUCCAUCAAGCUCGCAGUGAUGGAUCACUGAGUGUGGAUGGGCAGUGUCAGUAUGAAGAGAUGAAUGGUCGGACGGUGACCAGUGAAGACAAAAGGCUUAAUAGUAAAGAGGAGAGACGCAGAGCUGAUCCUGCUUAUGAGAUCAUGGAGAGCCGGGCGUUGGAGAGGAACUCGGAGGCAGAAGAAAAAAGCAAGUACGAGUUAAUGGGCAGCUGUAGUCAGCAGAGAUUCCUUCAAGAGACUGAAGGGGCAGUGUUCGUUUUCCCUCCAGAGGCGGUGCCGCCGCUUCCCGAAAGGCCUCGCAGCGACGGCGUGACGUAUGUGAAUAUUCCUGUUAGUCCCACAUCCAAGAAGCAGCUCAACUACAUGGAGCUGGAGCUGCAGGAGCCAGGUCCUGGUACCAGAGGGAGCGUCGCACAUCUCCCACCUCAGAGAAAGAGCUCCACCAAGUACGCCCAGAUUGACAUCACCGCUACAGAGACGGCCCACAAAGUCGGCACGCAGCAUGCUCUGGGUCGGCAGGAGGGCCUGCACACUCUGGAGCUGAGAAGAAAGGGGACGCCACAUUGACUUCUUCAUUUAUUGAACUGCUGAUUUCAGCAGGAUAUCUUGGCCCAAAACCAGUGUACCACAUCAAACUGUAAAGUUUGCAAGAAACAUGCUCUGAUGGGUUUUUUUUCUGUUCCCAAAAGAGACUGUCCUCAGAGGUUUACUGCGGGAUUUCUUUCUCUGCUCGGUUCCGUCUUUUGAAUACAGAUUUUUCUUUUGGAAAUUCAAAUAGUCGGCUGCCUACUGUCAAUUUCCUCUCAGAUUCAGACUUACUUCUGUUAUCUCAAAGCAACUUGAAGACGGAGCCUCUUAGAAAGAGUUGGCACAGGAUCAGGAGCAGCAUUUCAGCAUUUCUGGUCUCCUUUCUGGACUCUGGUAUCUCAUUAAAUGGCAUUAUGUCAGUGCCGGGGCCUCAGGCUAUCUUGGAGGAGGAUGUGCCAGUCCUGAGCUGAGUCACUGGCCCCAAUAAACCCCCCCAAAGCAGAGGCAUUUCACAGCUCAUUCGGACCAUCCCUAAUAACAUGCAAUAUGCUGUUUAUAUCCUUGUUUGGGGGAGCGAGGCAGGGUUGAUGCUGGAAGGAAGCAAAAAUGGUGUUUAUUCUCACACUCACUUAUUCCUCAGCGAUAACCAGUAAUCAGUAAUUCCACAUGUAGUUGCAUGAAACUCUCUUUAGUAUAUUCAUAUUUGGGGAAACUUUCCAUCCAGUCUUACUCGGAAUGUUGCAAAUUUCAAGCUCACUAAAAAAAACGAGAUUUAUGUUUGUACAAGUACGAGCGAGCUCAUUAAUAGUCUCUGUAAUACUUCCAUAUCGUGCAUGGUGGAGUGUAACUGAUGAAUCUGUGUCUAUCACAGGAACAGAAUCUCAUUGCUGCUAUUGUUUUCUUUUUCUCUCCCGCUUCACCGUUGAUAUGGAUUUACUGCGAACAAGUCUUCAUAAUUAAUGCAAAGCAGAGAAGCCGGUGAAAAUCACAACAUCAAACCAGUGUCCAGAACUGACUGUCUGUCUGGUUCCUCAUGGCUUCAUUUUUCAAAAUGUAUUUAAAAAGAAGUUUGAAGUUUUUUUUUUAUGAACUCAGUGAAGUGGUUAAAAUCUUUUUUGUUAUUGUUCAUAAUUAUAUAUGUGCCCAUAGGCAUUAUCCCUGAAACCAUUAUAGCGUUUUAUUAUAGUCAGUAUAUUGUUUUUGUCGCAUACUCUCUUAUUUUGAUAUCUGUAAAUACAUUUUCUUUCUAUUUUAGGUGAUGUGGAUUGUUAUAAAAUAUACAUGUGAAGACAUAAUGUAUGUACAGUAAAGAUGUAUUAAAAAAAAAGUUCAAGGACAGUGCCUCUUUCCUAAGGCGCUAUUUUUGUCUUGUAACACUGUUUUUCUUGUAAAUUAUUCACAACUUUAAUGACUGCUUUGAUGUGUGUGUUUCUAGAACAACCGUAGGUCAUGUAUGGGACUUUUUCCUCCCCGUGUACAGUUGUAAACCCGUUUGGUACGAUAUCAUAUAAAGCAGCC